UUUCAUCUAUACUGUUGCAAGAAGAAACCCCUUCUUGUACGCCCCAACAAUCCUCAGCCUGGCUGCUGAUUAUGAACACGCACUUCAAAGCUGUUGCAAAGAGGGCGAUGUCGGUACUUGCUUGGAUGAAAAGGCAGCUGCCAUGAGAGAAAAAGCCAAGAAGGCAAAUAUGAAGCAGCAGUAUUCUUGUGGAGUGCUCGAGAAGUUUGGUGAGAGAACUUUCAAAGCAUCUAAACUUGCUCUCUUGGGCCAGAAAUAUCCCCAGGCUCCAUUCUCAGAACUACUUCACAUUGUUCAUGAUAUUAAGGGUAUCUACCAAGAGUGCUGUGAAGGGGACAUGGUAGAGUGCAUGGAUGACAGGGCACAGCUUAUUACCCAAAUGUGCUCUAAACAAGAUGUUUUCUCAAGUAAAAUCAAAGAUUGCUGUGAGAAGCCACUUGUGGAACGAAGCCAGUGCGUUAUGGAGGCAGAUUUUGAUGACAAGCCUGAAAAUCUUCCUUCACUAGUUGAAAAAUACAUAAAAGAUGAGGAAGUGUGUAAAAGCUAUGAGGCAGGCCACGACGCAUUCUUGUCAGAGUUUAUUUAUGAAUACGCACGAAGACACCCUGAGCUCUCCACGCAGCUGAUUCUGAGAAUUACCAAGGGAUAUGAAGCACUCCUGGACAAGUGCUGCAAAACAGACAACCCUGCUGCAUGCUACGGAAACGCUGAAGAGGAAUUGAACAAACAUAUCAAAGAAACUCAGGAGGUUGUAAAGACAAACUGUGAGCUUCUCAAUACCCAUGGCGAGCAAGACUUUCUUAAAGCACUUCUGAUCCGCUACACUAAGAAAAUGCCUCAGGUAUCAACUGAGACCUUGAUUGAAAUUGGAAAGAGAAUGACACACAUUGGCACUAAGUGCUGCCACCUUCCUGAAGACAGACGCCUACCUUGUUCUGAGGGAAGCCUGAGCAUGGUGAUUCAGGAUAUGUGCAAGAGACAGGAGACCACACCUAUAAAUGACAAUGUUUCACACUGCUGCAGCGACUCCUAUGCUUACAGGAGACCGUGUUUCACCGCCAUGGGAGUAGAUACCAAAUACGUGCCUCCAGCAUUUAAUCCUGAUAUGUUCAGCUUUGAUGAAAAAUUGUGCACGGCCCCUCCUGCUUAACGGCACUUAGGGCAGAUGAAAUUGCUUGUCAACCUCAUUAAACGCAAGCCCACGAUGACAGAGGAACAAAUAAAGACAAUUGCUGAUGGUUUCACUGCCAUGGUAGAAAAGUGCUGCAAGCAGUCAGACAUCGAUACAUGCUUCGGGGAGGAG